AUGGGGGCGUCCGAACUCUGCGAUUCGCAAGUGCGUGAGGGUCCAGCUGAUCAAAAACGGCAAAAAGAUAACAGCUUUCGUGCCUCGAGAUGGCUGUUUGAACUACAUCGACGAAAACGACGAAGUCCUCGUCGCUGGCUUUGGCCGCUCCGGCCACGCAGUCGGAGACAUUCCCGGAGUCCGAUUCAAGAUCGUCAAAGUCUCCGGAGUUUCCCUCCUCGCCCUCUUCAAGGAGAAAAAGGAGAAACCCAGGUCUUAAUCUGCUGCUCCAAAGGCCCCGGGGGCCCCAGGGGGCCCCGGGGGCCCUCCGGGGGCCCCCGGCGGACCCUGGGGCACUUCGGGGGGCCCCCGGGGGCUCCGGGGGAGCCCCGGGGGGCCCCAGGGGGCCCCCAGCUCGGAGCUAGCAGCAGAGGCGCUGCUGCUGCGGCGGGACGCUUUUGA